AAGCGCGAGACUAGACCUAGACACACACACUCUGUGCAUUCACACGUGCUCCAUCAUCGCGCAUGCGCAAACCCGAUUGGCCCCGCGAGAAGCGUGUGGGUCGGGUAAGUGAUCGAUUCUGGGCACGAGGAGAGCAUUCGGUGGGACUCGAUAUGGCUGAUGACGACGAUUUUACGACGGCUUCGGCUGGUGCGUCAGAAACAUACCCCGCCCAAUGCUCCAGUCUGCGUAAAAACGGUUUCGUCAUGAUUAAGACUCGCCCAUGCAAGAUCGUGGAAAUGUCGACCUCCAAGACGGGGAAACACGGGCACGCCAAGGUUCACUUGGUUGCACUGGAUAUAUUCACGGGGAAAAAGUACGAGGAUAUCUGCCCAUCGACUCACAAUAUGAACGUACCUCACGUAAAACGCAUCGAUUAUCAGUUGGUGAAUAUCGAAGAAGGUUUCCUGUCCCUCAUGGAUGAUGGCGGAGACCAGAGGGCCGAUAUACGUCUCCCAGAGGGUGACCUGGGAAAGGAGAUUCAGGACAGAUUUGAUGCCGACGAGACGUUUAUGGUCACAGUCCUCAAAGCCUGCACCGAAGAGGUAGCCAUUGCCACAAAGGCAAUGACCAAAUAAGGGCAUUCUAAAUAAUAGCUUUUUGGGCCCUGGCAUUGUUUAUAGGCACAAGUCAUUAGCAAAAAUUGUUAUUGUAUUAUGUCACCGUCUCAUAAUGACUGGACUAGUGUUAUGAUUUGUUGUGUAAUAUGUAUUUCAAUAAUCAAAAAUGUGGCGUUUCAUAUUAUUAUGUACAGGGAAUUUAAUUUUGUAUUGGUUACAUAAUCAUAUUUGUGGUCAUGUGACUUGCAUGUGAUACACAUCUGCUCUUCCCCACCCCGUGGAUUGGGGUUUGGGGGAGGAGCUUCAAAGCACAGCAAGACACAGAAUAUAAUUUUGAUGAUACAGAACCCAAAAAAUCUGGACAGACAGACAAAUUUUUGAAUCCGCUAUAUACACUACAAUGAAUUUAAAAUUUUGAGUUAAAAUUUUUAUUUCUUGCUCUCAAUAGCGCAGGUUGUGGUGCACUCUUGUUCGGGCACUUCACUGGCUGGCCUGAAAAUUCACAAAAAAUGAACGGGAAAUUUCUAGAGAAAUCAUUUCUCGCAAGUCUUACGUGGCG